GAGAGAGAGAGAGAGAGAGAGAGAGGGAGGGAGGAGUGAUAAGAGAGAUGGGGACGGAGACAUACCAAAUCGAUUUGGGAAACCUCAUGGCUUUCGAUCCAUCGCAUCAUUUCCCAUCCGUCCCCUCCGCCAGGGAAGACCUGGUAAAGGAGUGCCUGCACAAAGGGACAGAGCUGGUACAAGAAAUUGCUAAUGCUCUCUUUAGCUUGCCGUCCACUGAAGAUUCUGAUGGUCCCAUCGUUCACCUGCCACAGCCCAGCACCAGGCUUCCUAGAGAGAAGCAUCUUCCAAAGCCUAAGCCUCCCACAAAAUGGGAACUGUUUGCCAAAGCGAAAGGUAUAAAGAAGCGCAAAAAAGACAAGCGCGUAUUUGACGAACAAACGGGUACUUGGAAGCGGCGAUAUGGCUAUGAUCGUGUGAAUGAUGACAAUGAUGUCCCAAUAAUUGAGGCCAAAUUGACAGAUGAGCCAGGGGAGGAUCCUUUUGCCAAAAGGAAGGCUGAGAGGAAGAAACGAGUUGAGAAGCAAGAAAAGAACCGGCUGGAGAAUCUAAAGCAGGCCAUGAAAGCUGGUGCCUUGCCAAGUCAUGUACAACUGGCUGCAACAGCAUUGCCCAUCACGGGAAGCCAGAAAGAAGCUCCAAAGAAAGCUAGUAAAGAGGAGCUUGAAAAUGUAGCUGGGAUGGCAGCAACUGCAACGGCAAGUGGUGGGAAAUUCGACAAAAAGCUGCCAGGCGAGAAAGCUCCCAAGCAUACUGGGAAGUAUCGAAAGUUCCUCCCUGUGGUAGAAGGAAAAGGAAUGGGCAACCAAGAAAGGCAGCAAACGGAGAAAAUUCUUAACCAGCUGAUGGCUAAAAGCUCUCAUGACAUACUUGAUGUCAACAAGGCAGUUACGAUGUUCAAUGUGAAGAAAGAGAAGCAACGGAAGAAGGAAAAGGAUCGGGAGGCAUUUUCUACAUCAACUAAAUUGAAACCGAAAAAUAAAUCUCUCAAAAAGUCAUCAAAGAAGAAAAAAUAGAUAGUGGUGCUGUUGUAUGAAGCUUAGCUUGGUUAUCAAGGCUUCAUGAGGAGCUUUAGGUUUUCAGAAUGUUCCGAUACCCUUGCUAAGCAAUGUCAUGUUCUUUUUCUGCGUCUUUAUCAAGAAAAUUAGAUUAGUUUCCUGUUCUCCGGAAUGCAGUUAAUGCAUGGUUUUCUUUUUGAUGAUUGUCACACAGCUUGUAUAUUUAACUUCUGGUAUUAAUCUACAAGACACCUGAAGGUAGGAUUAUUCUAUCCUUAAAAUACUGCUCAGACUUA